AUGGCCUCGACCUGCUUCCGCGCCGCCGCCCGCGUGGCCUCCGCCGCCAGCCGCUCAGCGGCGGCCUCCCGCUCCGCUCCCUCCGCGUCCCGCGCCGCCGCCGCCGCCGCCCGCCGCGCCUCGUGCUUCUCCAGGGUGCCGGUGGAGCUCGGGUGCUGCGCGGGAUUGUCGCUGCUGCCGCUGCACAGCGCGGUGGCGGCGGCCAGGCUGACGUCGCGGCUGAGCACGGCGUGCCGUGCUCUCUCUCAGGGUAUCCUCUGUCGCACCUAUCCCGGGUUCGCCCUGUUCGUUUGGCUUACAAGCCUGGCUUGUCAGCCAAGCGAACAUCAUUCAAUGUUUACUGCGUGA